AUGUCCCUCUGGGCCGUGCUGUGUCUGUGUGGCUUGGCUACAUGGGCUGCGACAGACGAGGAGCUGCUGUCAGCAGUUCGCGACAAAGAUGCAGAAGCUGUUCGAAGGCUGCUCAGCCGCAGCAGCUUCGAAAUUAGCCAGAUGUGGUUCGUAAAUGCAGAUGGAUCGAACUCCACCAUGCUCCAUGAAGCUCUUCAGACUGGUCACUCAACAGCGGGCGCAGAGGUGUUGAAAUUACUGUUGGCAGCUUGGCCGGAGGGUGUGCAUGCAAGGGAUAAGCGGGGCCGUGUGCCUUUGCACGCUGCGUGUUCGUUCGAAUGGGUCGGAUUCGGCCUCUCUGACAGACUCGAAGUUGUGCAGCUUCUGCUGCAGCUCUGGCCUGACGGGGCCAAGGUUGCAGACGACUUGGGUAGACUGCCCCUGCACGAUGCAGUCUUCAGUGGCAAUCUUGAGGCUGCGCGCCUCAUACUGAAUCAGUGGCCAGCUGGUGUGGAAGUUGUUGAUAGCUUUGGUAGAGUGCCCUUGCACAUUGCAGCUGGCGAAAUGGUUGCUGUCGAUCGUGAUGAGCUCCUCUUAUACGUGCAAUUUCGGUCUAUCGUUUCGGGAGACUAUUUGGAACUUGUACAGCUCCUGGUGGAGGCCUGGCCUGAAGGUCUCACUGUGGCUGAUCAUCGUGGCAGAACGCCUUUGUAUGUCGCGGUGGAGGAUGGAAAGCUGCAGGUGGCACGCUGGAUGUUUCGGAAGUCAACACCGCCUGCCUAUACACGUGAGAUGCCCUGCGACAUCCUGAUGGAGCUGGCUUGCAACACUAGUGAGGCUACUCAGCCCUGGCAGGAAGCUGCACGAGAUCUACGGUGUUCAGACCCAGAACUUCUUCUCAGGCCUGCCUUGCAGUUGUGGCUGGAUGUCUGUGGCGGCCGCCCCAGCUACUCUAAUGAUUUUGGCGCGCUCGCAGAGCGGCUGACAGACCGCGAAGCGAAGGACGCAAUCACUCGACCACCCCGAGCCCUCCAGGAGUUCUUGCACUCUCUCGCGGGGGACCGGAUUCUAACGGCCCUGGCAAACUGGAUGACUUGGGUGGUUCCCAUCGCCGCUGCAACUGCAGCCCUUGCUGCUGUGCAAUUGGAGAGGCUGGCCGCAAAGUUCAUGCAGAGGCAAAGCAAGGGUCGGAUGCAGGACGAGAACGUCCAAGAUGAGUUUUUGCAGUCAGCGAAGGUGUUGGUUAGCCAAUCUUUCGCCAAACGACUAUGGCUGCUCAAGCUGUGGCGCUGGCUCGAGGCAUUGACCGCCGUUUUCUGGAGCGGCUUCGCGCUGUUGGUCAUGCACUGGAUGUGGUGGUUGCCCCUGGUAGUUGUUGUCCACGUUGUCCCAGCAGCCCAUCUCUACGGAAUUCGGAGGCUACUCCAAUCCCCUGCGUUGGCCAUCAUGACCAAGGGCACGGUGAUCGGCUUACUUCGCACGAUUGCUUUGUCGGGGAUCGCUGCAUAUGUGGUGCUGGCAGGCGCUGUUCCAGCUGGCUCAUCAUCAUGGAUCCGCAACAUGGUGAACCCGCUUUUUGAAACUUGGACAAGAAGCAAGAUGGCUGUCCAAUGGCCAGCGAGUAAGCUGAGUGACCACUGGUUGUUUCAAUGGGUCCCGUACCUCAAUUUGCAUGCCGGGCAUACUGUCUUUACUUGGGUUGCCAUCGCAAUCUCGGGUUCGCUGGGCCUGUACUUGGCUGGUCUUCUGCUCGCCAAUCUCUGCAGUGCUGUGCGGUUUCUGCGCAGCCGAAUUUAUGGGGUCGGCAUGCGCCCCCGGCACUUGCCUGCCAACCAAGACAAACAGGAUGCUGUUCGGGAUUUGCUGGCGAAGUCCAAGGAGGAGUUUCCCAGCAACAUCAAACCCAUUGUCGUCUUAACCUGGCCGUGGCGAGGCGGCUUGUUGCAGCAAGUGGCUCUGCUGCUGCUGGACGUCGGGCUUGAUGUCAACACCAUCUUUACCUUCCUGGUUGCCCAGCAUUUCUGGUUCGCCGCGGUGACAACCUUUCUCGUGGUUCGGAGCAUGCUGAAGCAGCUGUCGGUGCUCCCUUUCUGGCAUCUCCGGCAGGCUUGCAUAACGUUUGGACAUGUUUGGGCCAUCUUUGUGUUUUCCCUGUUCUUUGGGCAGGCUAUCCAGGAAAGUGGGCAGAGAGGCCUCGUCCGGAAGGAUCUCUUCGAUUUCCUCGAAGUGGAGGAGAAACGCUCAGAGGCUUUCUUCUGUGGUUGCAUCACGGCCUACUCCGUGUGCUACUCUGUGCAGACAGCUGAUCAACUCCUGGUGCAGUUUGGGAGCAUCUUCCUGAGCACGUGGCUGUUUGCAGGCUACGCUGUGCAGGUGUGCGACCUCUACUUCGACAUGAAAGAGGACAGCAGCAGCUUACAUGAAGCCGAUCUGAAAUUGCCAAGCCCCGCCCCACAGGGCCCUCUUGCUGACGAGAUGUUCCAGAAAGACGAGGUCGAGGAGACGUGGGUUUCCGUAGUUGCCAGCGACACGAAGGAGUCGGUCGCCACGGAUGUCGCAAAGGAUGACAAGGUGUUGAGCUUCCCCAGCGAACAGAUCAAGCGGGAUCCAGUUGGUGGCAAGGCCGAAGCAUCCAAAGGCGCCUACGCCCCUGCAGCCGUGCCUUUUUUUGCGCUCUUCAAGAAGGCAUAG